AUGUUGCCGCUCCAGUCAAUCGAGGCGUCACCCCCGUCCAACCAUGCCGACGAGAACGGGGAAACCCGGCAGCAGAAGCCCAAGGCGUUGCCGUGCAAGUAUUGUAGCAAGCGUUUCAGGGACCUACUUGUCCGUCAUGAGAAGCUUGUCCAUCUUAAUGAAGGCAGCAGCAACAAAGAUGGCGCUAGGCCGCGGAAGCCCUCGUCGGCGGGCGUCGCUCCUGUCGGCCUGCCCGAGAACCAGGCCGACACCGAGAUGCUCGGUAUGCAACAGCAGCAACAGCAACAUCAACAUCAACAGCAUCAACAGCAUCCGCCGCAACCGCAACAGCAACAGCAAAAACCACGGCCGGUUCACAACCAGUACCAGCCAGACCCGAUACAGCAAUCUGUAGUAGCAUCGCUCCCCCCUGACUCACGCCUUGCCACAAGAGCUCCUGCAUGCAACCUCGAUCUUCUCUCCGACGCUGCGACACACCUCGCCUCGGGUGGAGAGGUCAACAACAUGCAACCGGCCAUGAUCCAAGGACUCGCGCCUCCGCCACCAGAUUUGACGCCAGUCAAAGCUUAUCAUGAUGCGAUGCCUUACGGAGACAGGCCACGGGAUCAAGACCCGGGUGUAUUGCCCCCAGGGUAUCCGGCACAGCCUCCGCCUCCCGCCUUCGAUGAUUACAACCUCUUCCUCGACGACUACGCUACGUCCUCGCAUUUUCUGCCACCGUCACUCGAGGCCGAACAAGGUUUUAACAUGUGGUCACGCCCUCCCGGUGCUGAAAUGGGACGGGGGCUCUCGAAACCUCCGUCGGCGUUUCCUUCUAGGUUUCCGUCGCUUGCUCCGGAUCUGCGAGAUCCAACUGGAGAGGCGCCAAGGAUGCAUGAAGACGGGACGCGAGCGCCAAUAUGGAGAAUAUCAGCCAUGGACCAUACUGCCAUUCGGAACCGGUUGGAUGAGUUCUCCUCUGCCCUUCCAAAUGACUUUGUGUUCCCAUCGCGGCACACGCUAAAUAGGUUUCUCGAGGGCUAUAUAAGUGGCUUUCACGACAAUCUUCCUUUUCUCCAUCUCCCUACUCUAGCCCCCACCGAUCUAUCGCCCGAACUGCUGCUCGCAAUUCUGGCCGUUGGAGCGCAAUACCGCUUCGAAACGAACCGCGGUCACGCUUUAUGGUACGCCGCAAAAGCCGUGGCGCUUGAGCAGAUUCGACGAAGGCAUAGCCAUGAAGUACACGGCUUGCUGCCUACACCGGCGGCAUACAGCCCGCACUCCACCCGUCCGUCUCCGAGCUCUGGGUUCCGACAUUCUUUUCCUUCCGUUCAUCAAGACCGCCCGAUGACACAGGAUACUCAUCGGGAACCCUACAUCGCAUACAAUACGCCACCGCUGCUUCUGACUUCGGAGGUCCACCUAUACAUGCCGAGCCCUUCUCGUCUCUGGAAGGCUGAAAAUGCCUGGCAAUGGCAGGAGGCGCGGCAGUCUUAUCCCAACAUGGAGAUUUCGCUCCAAGAUGCGUUUGCACGGCUCCUGCACCGCCCUUCGCAAUCAUCCACGACUCCGCUCACAUCACUGAGCAACUACAUCCUCAUCCACGCCUUGAUCCAGCACAUCUUCCUGCUGAAGCAAACGUCUUUCUCCAGCAUGACACCAUUUGGGUUACAAAGGGGCCUAAAAAUGGAAGACGUGGAAGACAUCAACCAAGCGCUCCGUGCUUGGAGCCUCAGCUUUGAGCAGCACCGCCAGUUUCGGGCAAACGAGAUGGCGGCGCACGGGGCCGGGGAGGGUUACGCGGAAGGCGCGGUAGCGUUCAACUCGACGGCGUUGCUGAGGUUGGCCUAUAUUAGGUUACACACCGACCUUAGCUCAAGCCGGAGCCUUGAGACGCGAGAUCAUGUCAUGAUUGCACAGGCGUUUACCGACGCCCCUCUGCUGGUCCGGAGUGCGCGUCUCUGUCGCGCCGUGGUCCAGGCCAUCCAUGCUCUGGCUAUGCUUGUCAAAAUGGGGGUCAAUUACGUGGCCAAAACCAAGUCGUUGGAGUGGAGCAUGCAGCAUUCUUUGUGCAAUCUCGAGUGCGCCGUUCUCUUGUCAAAGUGGCUCCUCACCUUGUCGGCAAUCGGCCCGGCAGAGCCGCCCCCAUCAGCCGAGGAGAAGAACCUCCUCGAAAUGGUGCGCCGCAUGCUGGAUGAGACCGAGUUUGCCGUGCCCAUCGACCCAUCGCUGGCGGGAUCGUCUGGCGGUCACGGCCACGGCCAUCACCCCUCGCGGUCCAUGGACUUGUCCGCUACCGAUAGCACUAAGCUUAGACAACUAGCCUGUGCCGUGAUCCGGCUGUGGGCCGAAACGUUCAAAGGCACACACAUCUUUGAAAUCGUGCGCAUCAUUGCAGCGGGGCUGGAGGGAUACGCGGACAUGAUGGAAAAGCCGAGGGACAGGACACCGCUGGGAAGGAUGAUCCCGAAUCAGGGGCUUAGUUGA